CUAUUAACUCUCACUCUGUGCGCCAUAUUCUUCAUCUCUAUUCAGAAUGGCCCUCUCUUCCGCAUUUUGGCGCCUAAAUCUCCUCUCAAAACCCUCAGUUUCUCUCAGAGCUCUAAAACCCUUCAAGCCCAAACCAAGGCCCAUGUCCUCGAUUCCCAUUUCUUCUAAAUCAAAUUCCUCCAACUUCUCCGCAUCAAAGAAUCCAACUUCUCUAGACCCAAAAACUCGAACUCCGUAUCCCCAACAUGAUCUUAUUGUUCUGGGCAUCGAAACCAGCUGCGACUACACCGCCGCCGCCGCCGAGAAAAGCAACGGUGAAAUUCUCAGCCAAGUUAUUUCUUCUCAGGCAGAUUUGCUUGCUCAAUAUGGAGGUGUUGCUCCCAAAAUGGCAGAAGAAGCGCACUUGCAAGUGAUUGACCGGGUUGUGCAAGAAGCGCUCGACAAAGCUAAUUUAACCGAGAGAGAUUUGUCUGCAGUUGCUGUUACCAUUGGUCCUGGUUUAAGCCUUUGUCUUCAUGUUGGUGUGCAGAAAGCUCGUAAAAUUGCUGGUACUUUUAGCUUACCUAUUAUUGGUGUACAUCACAAGGAGGCUCAUGCUCUUGUCGCCAGGCUAACUGAACAAGAACUACAAUUUCCUUUCAUGGCCCUGCUUAUUUCAGGAGGACACAAUGUACUCAUCCUUGCUCGUGAUCUUGGUCAUUAUGUACAACUUGGGACCACAAUAGAUGAUGCUAUUGGUGAGGCAUAUGAUAAGAUAGCAAAAUGGCUUGGUCUUGACUUGAGGAGAAGUGGUGGGCCAGCUAUAGAAGAGCUUGCCCGAGAGGGUGAUGCAAAAUCAAUCAAAUUCUCGACUCCAAUGAAACUACAUAAAGAUUGCAACUUCUCGUACGCUGGUCUGAAGACUCAAGUGAGGCUGGCAAUUGAAUCUAAAAAUAUUAAUGCUACAAUUCCUGUUUCUUCAGCAACUAGCGAAGAUAGAAGGUCUCGAGCUGAUAUUGCUGCCUCUUUUCAGAGAGUUGCAGUAUUACAUCUGGAAGAAAGGUGUGAACGAGCAAUUGAAUGGGCUUUGAAGAUUGAACCUUCUGUAAAACAUAUGGUUGUGUCUGGUGGUGUUGCUUUUUUAUUAUAUGCAAUGUUUCCUUUUCUUAAAAAAAAAAAAAAAAAAAAAUACACGUGUUGCACAAGUAUUAUGCUAAGUCCAUUACGUCAAACACCCAUGUUCUCAAAUAAUGUGCAGCAUGCUCUUUUGGCUUUAAUUUCAAGGAAAAUUCUGAUAUAA